GUUUUGGCAACCCUGGACUAAGAACCAGCUGACCGUGUUGAAUCCUAUUUCGAGCGAGUUCGAAAUUGCGGGUUACCAAAAGGAUAUAAGAACAAUUAAAGCUUGUCAAGAGCACUUGCAGAUAUGUCAAGCAUGGCAGACGUUUGUCGCUCUUGUUUCAAAAGUUCAGACAUGCUCGUGGACAUAUUUGCUGAGCGGCAUGAGGAUGAGCCCAGUUUGGCCACAAUGCUAAGUCAAUGCGGAGAUUGCGAGGUGAAGUGCGAUGAUGCACUGCCCAAGCAGCUGUGCCUCGACUGUGCCAUGGCCACAAAGAAUGCGUUCAGAUUAAGGCGCAGCCUGCUAAGCUCGGAUAGUGGUGUGUAUAUGGAAGCAGCUGAGGCAUAUGGGAUACUCGAGGACAGCGACAUAGACUUGGCUCAUCUUAAUUUAGAGUCUAUGCUGGAAAUGAGCACGGAUGCCGGCAACAUUAUAGCAGUAAGCAGCGAAGAGGACAACCGAGAAAAUCGUACCCCAACUCCCGAUGACAUGACCACAUCGCAACGCUAUCCGAUUCGUAAGCGCAAGCGCAAACGCUACGCCAGCGAGGAGCGUUAUUCCAGCGAAGCACGAAAUUCGAGCGAUGAGUCUUAUUCCGGCGAGGAACAUGUUUCAAGCGAGGAAGAGAACUGUUCGUCAAGUAUUUCGUCUUCCCCAUCUGAGAAGUUGGCCACGCCACGCACGCAGAAGAACGAAAAGAAACCUAAUUUUCGAAACAAAGAGCGUCCCUGCAAGUGUCCUUAUCCUCGCUGCACGGCUGAUUUUAUGUCCACCAAGGGUUUGAAUGCCCAUAUGAGACGACAUGGAAAACGUACCCACAUUUGCGACAGCUGUCCAAAGGCAUUUGUCAGAAAAUAUGAUCUCGAUGAGCAUAAGCGCAUCCACACUGGCGAACGACCCUUCAAAUGUCCUCACUGUCCGCAGAGCUUUACAUGGAACAACGUGCUCAGGCUGCACGUCCGCACGCACACGGGCGAACGUCCCUUCCAGUGUGCCAACUGCCCGAAAAGCUUUGCCUCCAGCCACUCUCUGAACGAACACAGUCGCGUCCACACCAAGGACUGUCCCUUCGUGUGUCCCCACUGCCCGAGUUCAUUUAGGCACAACAAGACCCUCAAGAGACAUAUUCUGGGACACACUAAAGAUCUACCAGCAUAAAAUGAAUGUAACCAAAUACAAACAAGUACAAAUAACUAAUUUGUUAGUUAGUUUUAAGGUUGAAAUGAAUUUAUAUUAUUAUCUGAAUAAGACGGAUGUCCCGUGUUUUAAAAGAUUAAGGAACUAAUAUUGCAUCGAAGCUUAGAUAUAAAACUUGAAUUGAAUUCAUAUGAUUUUUGUGUGAACGAAACUGAUUCUUAUGUUUCGGUUUUAGGUAUGGCAUGAAAAUAUUUUACUGUAUUUUUUUUUUUUAUUAUUGAAUGAUUAAUAAUUAUUACUUAAGCACCUAUUAAAAAAUUCAUAAUUUGAGCUCAUGUGUUAAUUUUAUUUUUAAACUUCAAUUUAAUUGUUAUGAUUUAUUCAUUUUGUCAUGAAAUGUGUAGAAGGACAUAUCUUCCAUCCCAAAAGUAUAUAUUUAGUCUUGAUAAGCAUCCACAGCCGAGUCGAUACAGCCAUGUCCGUCUGUCUCAUAAUUUAAAAAGAGUAUUCAGUCUUCGGCGUGUCAAACAUAAAUAAUUUUUUACUCGAUCUAAUCUUAUCAAUUUAAAAACUAAUUCGAAUUGGAAAAACUACAUUUAAUUGGAGUUUUUAAAAUAAAGGAUUGGAUCCGAGAUCUAUUGAUUGAAAUAUUGCCCAUUAAUAUUUCAUA